AUGGGUGGUUUUCUUCAACCAAAAGCUCUGGUGCUUUUGCAGCUCUCGUUGCUCUCGCUGAGUUGCCUCACCAUCCAUGGUGACCCGGUGCUUGAACCGCCGGCGCCGUCACCACAGCCACAUUUCUCAUGGGGUCCGUUUCCCUUUCCUUGCAACCUUGGCCCCACCCCUGCUCCCCUCCCUGAGCCACUGCAUCCGCGCCACUUGGCUUCUUUCCCGCCUAUUCCUGGGUUUGAACCCCCUCCUUGUCCCCCGGGUUUUCCCGGCGGUCCUUUGCCGUCAGGAGAUACCGGCCCUUUACCACCCUCUGAGAUUAUAAUUCCUCCUCUCCCCUCCAAAAAUACUCAUUUUGUGGCUGUGCAGGGCGUUGUUUACUGCAAGUCUUGCAACAAGGUUGGUGGCCGGGUUGAUUCCCCCUCUGGUGCUUCACCACUUCGCGGUGCCGUCGUGAAAGUCCAAUGCAACAAUGUCAAGCACCCAUUUAUGCAGGAGGCUGCAACUGAUGAGGACGGCAAGUUCUACAUCCAGGCACCAACCACCUUCUCCAAGGACGAUGCCCACAAAUGCAAGGUAUUCAUCGUUUCUUCGCCAUUAGAAAAGUCUUGCAGCGUCGCCACUGACCUCAAUGGCGGCUUGAACGGUGCCGAUUUGAUCCAUAUGGAGGAGAAGCCUCCUCAAUACAAUCUACGCACCAGGCUCGCCAAUUUCUUCGUUACGGCGAAACCUCUCGACGCAAACGAUCCCAACAGCAGCUUAUUGAAGUUGUCGCAGGAGGAGAAGCCACUAACUCUUUUCACUGUUGGACCUUUCGCCUUCGAAUCAGCUGACGGCUCCAGCCAGUGCACAUCUCCCUGA